AUGUCUGCCGUAGUGUGCGGAAAGAGAUCGAACAUCUUCGAGGAAUCACCGUCAUCGCCGCCUGUGUCAAAGAGAAUCCGUUGUUCUUCAUCUUCCUCUCCCGGUCGAACCCGCUCUCCUCCAAGGUCUGCCGCUUCCAAUUUCUUCAUCUCCCAUUCGUCUUCACCACUCGAUUAUCUCGUUGCUCUCUUUCCUGAUAUGGAAAAGCAGGUUCUAGAGAAAGCCCUUGAAGAUUCUGGUGAUGAUUUGGAUUCUGCUAUAAAAAGGCUGAAUGAGCUUCGUUUAGGUACUGCUGCAAUCAAACAUGGUGUUUCCCAGGGAAUUGAUGUCCAAUUUUCAGCUCAAGGUACAGCUGCAAAUAUUGGUGAGAGUUCUGGAGAGGAACCAUCCGCUGGAUGCAAUCUCCCCUUGGAUGGUGCAGAGUGGGUGGACCUCUUGGUUAGAGAAGUAAUAAAUGCUUCAAAUGUAAAGGAUGCAAAGAUGCGUGUGUCGCAAGCACUCGAGUUACUGGAGAAGUCCAUUUUUGCACAUGCAACUGCAUCUGCAUCUGCCCAAAAUAUGCAGAAGGAGAACAUGGUGCUAAAGCAACAGCUGGAAGCACUUAUACAGGAAAACACCAUUUUAAAGCGAGCAGUUUCCAUCCAGCAUGAGCGCCAGAAAGAGUUUGAGGAAAGAGGCCAGGAGUUGCAUCAGUUGAAGCAGCUGGUUUCUCAAUACCAGGAGCAGCUGAGAACUCUUGAGGUCAAUAAUUAUGCUCUGGCAAUGCACCUCAAGCAGGCUCAGCAGAGCAACUCAGUACCUGGGCGUUUUCACCCUGAUGUGUUUUAG